CGUAGUUUCACCGUCCGGUCAAGGCUUUUGUGGGUUGUUGACUAAUCUGAGUCUCGGUGAAGGAUGAAGCCAUCUCGAAUACCGCCUAAUAACAACUCAGUAUACAAUUGUCACUGCUCUUUCUUGGCCUUAUCUUGGUCGUAUCUUGAAAAGAUAUCCUCAAGUCCUGGAUAGGGAAUGAUAUUGUCGAGAGUCGCUCAAUUAGAUUCCUCACUCAGAUCCGGGUAUUAGAUUCCCUCGAGCUAUUUUUGUGUGUUGUAUCGAUCGGGAAUAUUCACUGCCUUAACUAGUUCCCGUAUCAACCUUUCUCCUCGGAGUGAGCCUCCUUAUCAAUGCCAGCAUAGAUAAGCCUCAAUAUCAACCUCUUCUGCUUUGCAACACAGCGACUCUAACUGGGCCAUAACUACAGUUCCCCCACAAAGAUAACACCGUAGCUCAAUGUCGCGGAGAUUCAAUUGUCAAGCAUUCUCCACGGAAUAGUCAACAAGAACACGCAGUGACUCUGGGGGGGCAAGUCCGUUCUGUGGAGUCUCGGAGAGGAAUCCCUGAGGCGAAGAGAGGCCAAGUUUGGUGUUCGUGUCGUGUCGUACGAAUGCAGAUGAUGUGAUUUCAAACACGAGUUCAACCUUUGUUCUGGUACAGACUAAAAAUUUUUUUAUUGACUCCAUAGAUCUUCAUCCCAUGGUUCGAUAAGGUAGCAAGGGUAAAAAAGAAUGGGAUACUAAAUAAAGUCUGAAGGCCUAGAAUUGCAUUUGCAUUGCCGUAGACGGCUUCGGCCGAUCGGUUGAACCUAUCACACGUGUUUAGCUUUAGCCUAACGGGUACCUUAGCUGUAGAGCCCCUCCCACGUCAUCGUCUCAGCCCCUCCAGUCUUCAACACCACAACAAACAUCACCAACCUAUCAAGACAAUGGCGACUGCAACCGAAUCAUCCUUCACAUUCCCCCGAGAAUACCACUUCCCCGCCUUCUUCACUCGCCAAACUAAUCUCACUACGCUCCAUGCUCAGCGCAACAAAUGGUCCGAUCUCAUCCUCGCCUACGCACGACAUAACCGUGUCUUCCGCCUAUCGCUUUCCGAAGCAGCAGAUUCAGAUCUGUUUGUAAACCGAAAACUCGAUCGAAGGCUACAGUUCGACGAUAUUCGUGAUGUGAUUUCUUAUAUGCACGCAGAUGGGCGUGUAGAAUAUGUCGGAGGCAAAACAACAGGAGAUGUUGUGUUUCUAUAUUGGCGAAAGCCUGAAGAGUGGGCAGAGCUUGUAGAGAACUACGUCGAAGAGACGGGACAAAAGGGCAGUGUUCUUACAGUCUAUGAACUUGUCGAAGGAGAUGGUACAAAAGGAAGUGAUAUUCACGGCAUGGACACUGAUGUCCUUCUCAAAGCUCUAAACAUCCUCGUCAAACGAAACAAAGCCCAAAUAUUCGGCCAGGACGACUCGUUAGGCGUCAAGUUCUUCUAAGUACUGAACCAUACAUACUCAUCUCUACAUAAAGCACAUGCGACUUUUCCAUCACAGCACGCGCACCAAUAUGAACCGAAUAUGGACUCCAACAUCGCUGCCGAUGUUAAACCUUCCUGAACGCCAUAUCAAGCAACAGUCAGAGAAAUGACUACUGGGAAUUUCCGUAAAACUUCUCCGCCAAAAACUUGUCAUCAAACCGCACCUGUUGAGCCAUUGCGACAUCGAGCAACCAGUCAGGUGCAACAAUGCGAGGCUCCAUGUUGCCAUUGUACGCCAUAUCACGGAAUUUCUCCCAAAGCGGCUUCUCGUCGGGUUUUCCGCUACUUAAUAGGUAGACCGGCUCGGGUGGCGCGUUACCCUCCUCCUCUGCCUUUGUUGGUCGAAUUGUCGUCCCGCUCCGAGCCCGGUAGAUCUUGAAGAUCGCCCCAUUGGCCUCGGCGAUCGCUUUGUAGCUCUCCGCACCAUUGCGGAUCUUUUCCGUGCAAUAGAUGGGAACACCAACAAGAAGUUUGCCUCUAUUUGCCUUGGCACGAGCGACGGAUGUCUCAAGGAUAAUGUUGUGCCUCUUCUCAGCUGCGUUGUCUUUGAGAAUGAAAUCCUCAACAUGGAGAAGGGUGCCCUUGUCUAAAGACUGGUCAAUGAAAGUUGACGAGAUGACUGUUGGACCGCGUGCAAGCGCGCAUAGGAAUUUGACAGUGCGGACAACACUAGGGGCUGCCAAAUAGUCGCACGGCUGACCCUCUUGCACAAUCUGUAUGCCCAUGUCCCGGAGUUUUCUCUGUCGUCUGGUUAGAAUAGAUUCAAACAAAUGGCUCGCGCUUACGUACUCGAUCCUGAUCUUCCUUACUCUUAUCUCCUACCCAGCGAGUGAAUCCAGUCAAGACAACACGCAUCUUAACGUCUGGAAGUGACGGCUUGGUCUUUUUGGUUGGCCGCUUCGCUAACGCGUCGGCAUCUUCAUCUUCAUGCUUCUCCUCUUGUUUGGUUUUGGUGUUAGUCUUUUCGGCCUGGUCGGCAGCUCGCUUUCCCCCCCAGAUUGCAUUGCCUCCCUUGGCAUGUCUCUUCUUCUCCUUUUCGUAAAGCGCGAUAUCGUCGCUCAAGCCAUGCAGCCGUUCCUGGGCUUUCGCUUUGGCGCUGCGACUCCCUGUGGAAGCCACCGACGGCGUCUCGUUCUCCUUCCCAGCACGGCGUGGACGAAUUGGAGUUGCAUCUCCGAUAAUUCUGGUCUUCUUUCCGGACUUCUCGCUUGUUCCUCCGUUAGAAUCUUCCAUCUCGACGUCCUCGUUACCAGCCUGGCCAAUAACAACACCCUCUGCUGGCCCUCGUGCAUAUGCGUUCUCCUCUGCAGCUUCCAGGAUUGCUCGCUUCCUCUUGGCUCGUGGUGAGAGCUUGGCUGGCCCCUCGGGGUAGUACUUUUCGCGCAGUUUUGGCUCAUCAAAAAACGUUUGCCCGAUUAUCUCGCCCAGGUUAGUGCGCGGAGGGAAAUGAUUAUACUUCUUGAUGUUGAUGGGCGUAAUUUCGCACUUGGCAUAGCUCUCCUCGAUCCAGAGAUGGUUAACCACGGCAAUCCCCCAUUCAGGAGCAGCCUUGCAUUUCUCGCUAGAGUCUCUAGCAGUGAUCAAAUGCGUAUUCUCGGCUCUCAUCGUUCUGGUAAACUCGGCUCCAGAAGCUUUGAUCAGGUUCUCCAGGUAAAUUCUUGCUUCACCACCGUAAUUUGAUACUGUGAUACGUAGACCCUUGAAUCCUUCUAUACCAUCCUUGGGGAUCGGAUAGUGUAGCAGUCGACGGAGCGGCGAUGUCCACUCGUUGUGGACAAUAAGCCAGUAAAGCCAGGCCAGAUUUCCGACUUCUUUGUACGCUUGCGACGCCUGAACAUAUUCAGGACCAUCGCGGUAUUGGCAGAUGAGCAUGUCGCAAUCCUCGACCUUAUCCACGAGCUUUCCGCCCCCUCUGAUGAUAAUUUCUCUGACCACCUUUGACAGUCGUUCGGUAAUAGUCAGAUCCCCGGACAGCAAUACAUUACGGUCCUGGAAGAUGGUGACCGGUGGGCGAACAACCUCACCAUCAGAAGGCAAGGGUAAAGGGAGGUAAUUCGGCGUUGGCGAUGUCGCACCCGCGAGGUUUUCGUUGGAGGGUAUUUUGAGCUCGUCCGAGGAAGUCUUCUUAAGAAUUUCGGGAUCGGGCAAUAGAUAGGGACCUUCAUCGAUACGUUUCCCAAGUUUGAAGCAAUCAUCGAACCUGAAGAUUGUCAGUGGCCAACAUCACAAGCCCUCUGCGCUAGACAUACCAGUGUGGCAACACAACUUUGCCUUUCCAUCCCUUUUGUAGGGCAACCUGGACCUUAGGAUGAUCCAUCGAUAGGGCGCAAAUAUGUGUGGUUAACUUGGAGGCAUCUUUUGUUUCUUGUCCACCCAAAGCCAUUGUAGCACCAGCAAUACUCUCCUUGUCGGUCUCUGGCAGAUCCGCGCAAGUCACCACCACCUCAGAAAAGAUCAUUCUCGGAUCAGGCGAAAAAGGCCUAAUUUGAGCCUGCUUCCUGCGAGCUAUUGAGAAGGUGAUCCAUUGAGUCGUCACUACAGGGAUCAUGUGAGCCUGUGCCUCAAUGAACUGAGGGAAAUCGAUCGUGUUGGAGAUGAUGUGGGUGACUUUCUCGAUGGGUAAUGAACCGUCUCGACGAGGUUCGCAUAUUUGUGCACCAUUUUCUUCUAAAAUAGUUGAUAGCUAGGGGUUGUCAGUAAUGAUAAUUGAGUUUGGCAGCUUCAGUACCUCUCCGAUCAGUUUGGGAGUUAGUAAAUUGCUGGCGACGAACGCGAUGGCGCAUUCAGCAAAUGUGUCGGAGGUGGCCAUGUCGCGUGUUGAGGGCAAAAAGUUAGGAUGAAGGAGAACAAAACAAGGGUACAGCACCGUGGUUAUGACAUCAAGCAAAAAAUAAACCUAAGCUCAAGAGAUCAACAACAACGGGAAGAUAUUAGGUAGGAGGAGAAGAAACCGUGGGGUGCCUAGAAGCUAUUGUGAAGCUACAGACGCGCCGACCACUCAACGCGAGAGUUUGACGCGUGCACGUGACCAUAAUGUCCACACAAAUGGCCUUCAGUUGGGAGGGCGGGGGGUCAACGAUGAAGCUGGUACACAAGGGUACCAAACACCAGGCAUAAGAAAAUCGGUUAUUAUGAGAGCAGAUCUCUUGAUAUGACUAUUGCACAAGACUGGAGAGUCACACUUUGGUAUCAAAGGCUAUCAUGGGCAGUUCCAAGGGACAAGUAUGUCUAAGGGCUGUAUUAAUAUAGUAUCGACAUCUCCCUCCCAAGUUCAUCAUCCAAAUAUAUAUUCUCCAUAAGAAUUCAUCCCAAU